AUGAUGGACGCCGACUUCGAUCUGGAUGAAUUUUUCAACCUCAGUUAUUUUGAGGAUGUAACUGCGGCUAGUCCCUAUGAAGCCUCUUUUUUGGAAGCAGAGACGGCACAUGAUGCAUCAGGCGAUAAAACCUCACCUCAACAACAGCCCAAUCCUCAUGCAGGCCGUCGUACAGGUGUUACAAAUACCCUUUCCUCAGAGACUUCCACAACGCCCACAGGCGCUGGGUCUGGGCACCAACCUCUGGAUCUUACGACCAAGUCCACAAAGAUUUCCAAUCGCUUCUCUCUAGAAUCAAUUCGGAUAUUGCGGCAAUGGUUGGCAGACCAUAGCUCAUAUCCAUAUGCCACUCCUGAGGACAUUGAAAUGCUCCAAAGUGGGACAGGGCUGACCAAACUGCAACUGACUAACUGGCUUUCAAAUGCUCGGCGACGUUACAAGUUCAAGGCUCAAUCUGGAUCGUCAGCAUCGCGCACAUGGAAAUGGUCCGAUGGCAUCUCUUCACCUGUUUCGGCCAUUGAUUUCCCUCAUCCUCGAGCCAAUCCGGUUCCGUUGGAGCUCAUGAAUCCACUUGAAAGAUGGGAAAGCUCUCCGCCUGAGUACGAAGCCGCCAACGUAGCUGACAUUUCGCGAAUGGCUGCAGAAAUUCCCACACGCCCACCUACCCCGUACUAUCUUGGCGUCUCUGAAAUCUCAUCCAGCGACGCGUCCUCAGUCAGCAGCGCGGGAGUCUCUCGCUCCAGCUACGGGUCCGGGUCCUCAACCCAGUCGCGCAGCUUUCUUGACACCCCCAGCCUCCAGAAUAAUACCUAUCACAAGUAUCAGUGCACAUUCUGCAUUGAGACUUUCAAGACCAAGUACGAUUGGCAUCGCCACGAGAAGACGGUGCAUAUUUGUCUCGACGAAUGGGUCUGCUCGCCGUUGGGUCCUACUGAGCUGGACCCUGACCUGGGCGUGCAAGCUUGCGUCUAUUGCGGUGCCCCAGAGCCCGAUCAGCAGCACAUUGAAACACACCAUCACUCCCUGUGUCAUGAAAGAGAUCCCUUGUUCCGCACCUUUCGCCGCAAAGAUCACCUUAGCCAACAUCUUAAACUCGUACACGAAACGACCUUUUCACCCUGGCCAAUGGAGCAAUGGAAGGCUGUCGGUCGAGAGAUACGGUCUCGAUGUGGGUUUUGUAACAUCACCCUGGAAUCUUGGACCAGCCGAAUCGACCACCUGGCCGAUCACUUUAAGGCGGGAAAGACCAUGGCGGACUGGAAAGGAGACUGGGGUUUCGACCCCGAGGUUGCUGAUACCGUGGAGAACGACAUGCCUCCUUAUGUGACAUCUACUCAACCCGCCUCAUCGACACCCUCCUGGUUGCGAGACGUCUUUCUGUGCUCUGAAACGGCAAAAGAAGCUCGCCUGAUGCCACUACAGCAGAUUAACAAGUCACGCCUAACUCAGCUAAAGAUUACUGGGAAGUGGAGCAUCUUCGAUCAAUGCCGCCUGGAAUUGGAGCUCCGUCGUAUCGUCUUGACGCAUGACAACCAACGGGCUAUGAUGUGCGACGACGAACUCCAAGCGGAAGCCGCUAACAUUCUCCAACGCGCCGAGGCUUGUUCGCCCAAACCCUCGAAAUACUGCGCUGAAUUCCUGGUGCGAGUGGUGCAAGGGUCGAAGCUGUGGAUUGAACCGUUCCGCGAACGGGUAAGACAGCUUUCGAGCAUCGGUGUUGAGAACGAUGCUGGCAAUACGCCCGUCGGUGCAACUGAGUAUGUUACUUCGUUUUCGGAGGAACGAAUUGGCACCGAUAUCCACUAUGAAGAGACCGCGAUGGCGGCAGAGGCAGCAGGUUUGUUGCUCACGAAGCGGGAUACAUCGCAAGCAACCGCUGGAACUUCAAAAUCCACGACGAUAAGCGUCCCCCCUUCCAAUGUCGACGAAAAAGACCCCAGUCUGGAUCGAAUUCCAGCCUUCACGAUUGUGAAAACAAGCGGGAAUACGGAGAUACGUCAGGAUAUUCAUGUACCAUUCCUGCUCAACGACCACAACAGCUAUACGCGUCUCGCCGCCGGCCUCUCCCGGUUUGUUGGGGCAACCAUGUCACCCAACAACCCGAAUAGACACGUUCCUACUGACGAUGAGCUUCGGUAUCAGGCAAGGUGGAUGUGGUAUGAUGAGUGA